AUGUCAGAGGAUAUGACAAAACUAUUCCAGAUGAUGAAAUUGGAACUCGAUAAACAAACUGCAACGAUUACUCAGAGUGUAACCGACAGUAUCAUGCGCAAUAUAGACGACAAAAUAAAACCAAUAUUGGAAGAAAAUAAGUAUCUUAAGAACGAGGUACAGAAGUUGAAUGACAAAGCAAGAUACUUAGAAAACAAAGGUAAGAAAAAUAACCUGAUUCUACACGGCAUAAAAGAAAUAGAAAAUAAUCGACAAGAACUGUUUAAUUUAAUAAAAGAAAUCAUGAAAGGUUUACAUGUUGAUAUCAACUCCUAUGAGAUAAAUAACUACUAUAGACUAGGAAAGAAGCAUGAUGAGGAAAAAAUAUACGCUCCUACAGAAACAGCAAAGAAAGAGACUAAAAACGAAUUCUACAAAAGCUUAAAUGAAAUAAUGGAGAAUUUAUACAAAACCAUUAUUGUAAUGGGAGAUUUUAAUAGCCAAAUUGAUUAUAACAAAGCAUUUGACUCGGUAAAACAUCAGAAAAUAUGGGAAGCGCUUGCUUUACAAGGAGUCCAUAAUAAGUACAUCCGUCUAUUGAAAAACAUAUACGAAAACAUGAAAGCAAGAAUACGGACAGAAAAGCUAGGAGAACACUUUCACAUCAAAAAAGGAGUUAGACAGGGAGACCCCCUUUCACCCAAACUUUUCUCUGCAACCCUAGAACAUGUGUUUCGUCAGCUCGAAUGGGACGAUUACGGUAUUAAUAUUAAUGGAGUGUUACUAAAUCAUCUGAGAUUUGCCGACGACCUCAUACUUAUAAGCGAAAAUCCAGAAACUUUACAAAAAAUGAUUGAGCAACUUGUAUGUGAAAGUGAAAAAGUUGGACUAUCAUUGAACACAAACAAAACAAAGCUGAUGACAAACUACAAAAAAGUCCCUAUCAAACCUUACAACACAGCUAAAUUAGAAUAUGUAAAUGAGUAUACAUACCUCGGCCAAAUCAUAUCCCCCAAAGACCUCACAGCAAAAGAAAUCAGUAACAGAAUAAAUAUAGGAUGGAAAAGGUACUGGGCAUUAAAAGAUGUCAUGAAGAAUUCAGAAAUACCUGUUAAGGCAAAGAAGAAAAUAUUUAAUACAUGCAUUCUUCCAAAUAUAAAAAGCGAAAUAGAGGAAGACAACAACGUAGAUGGGAAGAUGACAUCAAAAAAGUGGCAGGAACGACUUGGAUGA